GCAUGGCGGAGCACAUCUCCGGGCUCGUCCGGAGUGCAGCCAGGUCGUAAGCCAUCCAGGUGAGUCGCACUGCGGGUCAAGACGAGGACGUAGGUGGGUGACGCAAGACUUUGGAGCAAAAUUCCACGAGAGGUGAAGGCAAAACCUGAUGAAUUUUCAACGUCCUCGACCAUCCGCUCCAGCUCCUGGUUCAGUUCCAGGACUCCGUCACUCGUCUUCUGCCGUUCAAGUGGCAGCGUCGAGUCGGUCAUCUACCAUCAAAACCAAGUCCUUUCUAGCCGUUCAGUCGUCACCCGCUUCGUUCAAAAUGUACAAAUUAUAUCGUUAUAUAUGACGAAUAUGUAUAUAUAUAUAUAUAUAUGACGUGUAUAUACAUGUGUGACGAGCAUUUUCCUGCAACCUGUUAGCUACAUGGCGCCGUUUGGUUGUUGAGUGACAGCAGCUAACCUGCUAACAAACCUCGUCAACACAAAGAGCGACAGAAAUACCAACUUUUUCGAUGACUUUGGUCAUGAAUUAACUGCACGGCGUGUUUCUACCGCUGUGAAAUAUGAGUGUAACUUACAAUGGAGGCUUGUCCACGCUGAAUUAGAAAGUAGUUUUAAGUUAACUUGACCAUGUGACGUACCUUACGGACGUCUUGUGAAGAUGACGUAAAAAUCCGCACGAAAUGUCGUCCCACCUGUUAAAAUAAAUAAUUUUAUAAUCGCGCAUUACUUGAAGAAAUGCCAAGUUUAACACCUAUAUAUACAUAUGAAAAUAAAAAAAAUAACUGCCGUGCCAUUAAUAAAAAAUGAAAUGUCAUCAGUAGUGAGAAAUAUUAUUGAAAGUGGAAUAAAUUGAAAAUACAAAACACAGCAACAAAGAUAUAUUUGUUUUCAUAAUUUGCAGUAUUUUAGUUGAAUGACUAAUUAAAUGUAUAUAUUUUAUUUGACAAUUGAAAAUAUUUUAUAUGCGAAAUUGUGGUUGUUAACACUUACAAUUUAUAGUUGUAAUUGUAUCAAAUUAUAUUUAAGGUAAUGAAUGCAUACACAAAUACAUAAAGAGCAACAGAACAUUAAAGUCCUACAAGUAACUGUUCAAGCCUAUUUUCAUAAAGUUGAAUCAGUGAUAAUAAAAUUGUAAAUACACACUAGACCUUGCCGUCAGAGAACAAUGAAAUUUGUUGUUGAGAAAUAGAAACCCUGGAGGAAAAGAAUUAGCUGACUGUCGGAAAAAAACGGACAAAAAGCAGGAACAGACGCCUCACCUGAGGUGGCAGCCAAUCACACGUCAGGGGGGCGGUGUCAUGCAGGUAUGACAGGUGACAUCUUGACAUAAAGCAAGGGCAAGCAGAGGAGAGACCAGAGGAGCCUGGUGCUUGUUGAGGACUCAACAUUUGCCCGUGUUCGACCAGUUUGAGGAACCGUCUGUGACGUUGACCGAGAAGAAGCUGCUGGGACAUGUCUUCGUUCGAGACCCAGGGUCAGUCUCCUCCUCGCUGUGGCCCACAGUUCCCCAGUCUGGGCCAGGAGCCCCCGGAGCUCAGCAUGUACAGCGACUGCUACUACCCUCCGCCGUCCCUGCCCAGCCCGCAGCGGACCACGCCGACCUCCUACGACCUGAGCGACUACACCAGCACCACCCCGAAUCCCUACAUCUGGUUCAACAGCUCUGGGAUCAACACUGCGUCCUACCUGGCUUCUUCCGGUCCUCCCGGGAACCCCGGUCCUCCCUUCGUGCCUCAGCACUACGGCAUGCAGAGGCCGUACCUGGGACCCAGCGCUGCCGGGCCUGGUGGUGAGUUGAGCUGGUUCUCUCUGCCCUCCCAAGAAGACUUGAUGAAGCUGGUGAGACCGCCUUACUCCUACUCCGCUCUGAUCGCCAUGGCAAUUCACGGCGCACCAGACAGACGACUCACAUUAAGUCAGAUCUACCAGUACGUUGCCGACAACUUUCCGUUCUACAACAAGAGCAAAGCUGGCUGGCAGAACUCCAUCAGACACAACCUGUCGCUCAACGACUGCUUCAAGAAAGUGCCAAGAGACGAGGACGACCCGGGCAAGGGCAACUACUGGACCCUGGACCCAAACUGUGAAAAGAUGUUUGACAACGGCAACUUUCGUCGCAAGAGGAAGAGAAAGUCUGACUCCCUCAAUGGAAGCGACAGCAGCGCCGGCGCCCCUGAAUCCGGCGACAGUGAAAGGGGCAGCCCAAAGCACCCUGCCCUCAACAUCUCCCCCUCUCCAGACAGGAUCCCCUCCCCAUCGUCGUCAGGUCCUGCUCCCUGCCUGAGCAGCUUCUUGUCUGAGAUGUCCGGCGUGACGGCGACGGAGGUGGGGGGCGAUGGACUGAGCAGGCCCCUGCAGAUCAACCUUCCCAUAGACAGCGCUCACCGGCUCCCGCAGCCGGGAACCUUCAGCAGCUUCUCUUCAAACUCCACGGGCUCAGAGUGGCUCCCUCAAGUCACAGCCCCCCCUGUGCUUUCCUCCUCACCCACCCACACCUCCCUAGGGUACACAAGCCCAAUCCUCAGCCAGUACAGCAACUCCAGCGGGCACUUUUACCCUCCGCUGAGCUCGGCGGGAAUCGUCUACCACCGUGAGGGUACAGAAGUUUAACCCCCCCUCCCUCCUCGCCCCUUGUUGCCUUGAAAGUCGCCGUAUGUUUGCGCUGACUGCGACAGUUUAUAUCACUACCGUGUGACGGAUGAGUAGCAAGACUCUGAUUCCCACAGGAACGGCUGACUCAGCAGUAAAGAAACAGUGUCAACUCCGUCAACCGCCACCAGACCUGCUAUCAGAUCCACAGUCAGCUUAAAUCUGGACCAAGUCUCUAUCAGAUCUGAGUCAUUACUAACAGAUCCGAUGUGCUGAAGCAAGGCCGUUCCACAAAGCUCCCUGUGAUUCUUUGAUGGUAUCAGCGACAACAAGAAGAGCAGCCAGAUACAACCUUUGUCUACAAACAGUGUUGCUUCUCUAGAAAAGACACCUGUUCCAAUGCAGAACCACUGUCCUCUUUUUUAUAUAUAUAUAUGUAACUCAAGUAUUGUACAUAUGUUUGUGUUCUUCAUUUAUACUACUGGUUUGUUGGUCAACAUGUAUUCAUAACUUAAAGUAUUUCCUGUGUGAUUCCUGUUUUUAUAUAAAUAAAAGACUCUU